AUGGCAGGUGACAAGACCCAUAGGGCCAGCGGAACAGAGAACCUGGCAGCAGGUGAGCUUACAGGUCCUUCACCUGUCCGCAACCUGAGCCUGAGCAGCAACGGGAGCUCUGCGGUACUUCACGCCUCCUGGGUGCAUGCCCACGGGCAGCGAGACGGCUACCGUCUUGCCCUCUACCACAGUGACUCCCAGAAGCUUGUGAGAAAUGCGUCCAUCCUGCCAGACACCUCCACAUUCCUGUUUGACGGGUUGCUGGCUGGCAGUGGGUACGCCUUGAAGGUCACCACACUGGCUGGAUCCAGCCAGGCGAGCACCAGUACCCACCAGUGGACAGCUCCCUCCAUCCCCACCCAGCUGAGGCUCAGCCCCAACUCCAGCACCAGCCUCGUCGCCUCCUGGGCGGGUGCUGGGGGAGCCACGUGGCUCCACCUCACGCUCCACAACCUCCUCACCCAGACGGUGACCACAACGCUGUCAGCCAGGAGGGGCCUCACCAGCUACACCUUCCAGCAUCUCCACCCUGGCACCCAGUACUGGCUGGGGCUGAGCGCCACGGCUGGGCCCUACACGGUGGGGGGACCCAAUGCCACUGCUUGGACAUACCCCCUGAGCCCUGGCAAUGUGACCCUGAGCAGCGCAGAGGAGCAGAGCUCCUUGCAGGCUUGCUGGAGCACCCCGGCAGGAGAGAGACAAUUCUACCUGGUGACACUGCAGGAGGGAGAGGACGGUGCUCCAGCAAGGAACAUCUCUGUUGACGGAGACAACAGUCAUGUCACCUUCCACGGGCUGAGCCCCGGGACGCAAUACUCUGCCCAGGUGACAGCGGUGGCUGGGCCUUAUCGGGCAUCAGCCCACAGCACAGCAGCCUGGACAGAGCCGCUAGCACCAUCUGGAGUGAGUCUGUCCAGCCAGGGGAGCCCCUACAGCCUAGUAGCGAGCUGGGAGAAGGCAACAGGAGAGGGCUACGUGCUGGCCCUCAGCACUGUGGACCACCCUGUGAAGAACAGCUCGCUGCUCAGAGGUGUCACCAACUUCACCUACACGGGCCUCCACCCUGGGACUCUCUACAUCUUUGAGGUCAGCACCGUGGCUGGCCCCUACACAUCUGCAACCCGGCGCAUCACCAACUGGACAUAUCCUUUGCCCCCAGAGCAGCUGACCCUCAGCAACCAGGGCCACAGCACCUCUCUGCAAGCCUUCUGGAGAGCAGCUCCAACUGGCAGCACUGGCUACACAGGCACCCUCUGGGAAACCAAGUCCCAGGAACAAGUCAGGAACGUGACUGUGGGGAGCAACUGGACAAACAUCAUCUUUGAGGACCUGGUCCCUGGGCGACAGUAUACACUGGACAUGGCUUCUAUGGCUGGACCUUAUAGAUCCCCUGUGCAGUCAGCCACAGACUGGACAUACCCCCUGGCUCCGGCUGGCGUGACCCUGACCAACACUCGAUGCCCACAGGGACUCUCUGCCUUCUGGGAUAAGGCUGCUGGCGAUGUGGACCAGUUCCACCUCCAGCUCUACAGCAAGAGCCAUCCAGUGCAGAGGAACAUCUCGGUGGGACCAAACACCCACAACUUCACAUUCCUGGGGCUGUCCCCUGGCAUUCAGUACUUCCUGAAGGUGACUGUCCUUGCUGGCCCAUACAGAUCUUCAUCACACUUUGCCACCGAGUGGACAUAUCCACUGUCUCUGGCCAACGUGAGUGUACAGCCUGGCCAGAUUCCCCAGGAGCUACAUGUGAGCUGGGUGGAGUCAGGCGGUGGCAGAGACCACUUGCUACAGCUCUCAGUGGCAGAGUCCCUGUCCAUUAUCAGGAAUGUGUCCGUCCCCCGUGGAGUCACCCAGCUUGACCUGGAGGGGCUGGUGCCAGGGUCCCGGUACCGUGUGGAGAUCAUUUCUCAUGCUGGGCCUCAUCGUGCCACCUCUCAGACUGCCAUUGGCUACACUGUCCCACUACCACCUCGUUCCCUGUUGGCAAGUCCUGUCAGCACUGCCUGGGCUCUGACUGUGCAGUGGGACACCCCUCCGGGGCAGAGGGAUGGAUACCUGCUCAGCAUGAACGAGGAGGGCUUUUCUUCACCAGUGAGGAACCUGGAAGCAGGGAAAGACAGCACCAAUGUCACUCUGACACAACUGGCACCAGGAACUUGCUAUGUUGUUGGGAUGUGGGCAGUAGCUGGUCCCUACCGCUCCCUCCGCAUUUGCACAGUUCCUGCUGCACCAACAAACCUGAGCCUUACCAACCUAGGCAGCUCCUCAGAACUUUACACGUGCUGGAAUAAGCCCCCUGGCAGGAGAGACCACUACCGCGUCAUUCUGUAUAGUCUCAGCGCCCAGAGCAGGAAGCGGGUCCAGACCUUGAGUCCAGAUGCGCAGAACAUCACCUGGACUCACUUGGAGGAAGGCAGCAGGUUUGCUGUGCAGGUCACUGCUGUGAAAGGCUCGUUUGAAGCCUCCUCCAAGAAUGUCACUCAAUGGACACACCCCUUGGCCCCUGCCAGCCUUGCCCUGGGCAGCCCCUCUGCCUCCACGCUGCUGGCCUCCUGGGCAGCAGUGAGGCGAGGAGCAGAAGGCUACAUGGUGGAUGUCUAUGACACAACCUCCAGCAGUCAUGUCAGGCGCGUGGUGCUGGGCAGGGAUGCCGAGAGUCAUACCUUCAGAAACCUGAGCCCUGGCACCCGCUACAGCGUGGCAGUGAGGGCCACAGCUGGGCCCUUCCACACCAGCACCCCCAACUUCACCCACUGCACACGCCCACUGCCCCCGGCCACCGUGCACUGGCUGAUCACGGGGCACCCUGACAGGCUGAGUGCGUCUUGGGGAGCCGCAGCUGGGGGGCGAGAUGGCUACGCACUGACCCUGUACUACGCGUGGCUGGGCACCGUGGUGGCUACAGCCUCACUGGGGAGAGAUACCCACAACUUCACCUUCAUGGACCUGACCCCAGGAUACAAGUACUCCCUAGAGGCCAGUGCCGUGGCUGGACCAUACCAGGCAGCAGCACCCAACAUCAGUGGCUGGACACUACUGGCAGAGGCACUCCAGCUGGGCUAUGAGAAUGAGGAUGACCUGGAUGAAGAAGGAUUGGCAUGCCCGCUGGCCCCAGCCAUCGUGCGCUUGCUGAGCACGGGGCACCCUGACAGGCUGAGUGCAUCCUGGGGAGCUGCAGCUGGGGGGCGAGAUGGCUACGCACUGACCCUGUACCAUGUGCGACUGGGCACCGUGGCGGCUACGACCUUGCUUGGGAGAGACACCCACAACUUCACCUUCAUGGGACUGGCCCCAGGAAGCAAGUAUGUGCUGGAGGUGGUGUCCUUGGCAGGGCCUUACCAGACACCUGCAGGGAACGUCAGCAACUGGACAUACCCCCUGGCACCCCGCAAUGUGUACAUGACGAACCAGGGGUAUCCCAACAGGCUGAGCGCAUCCUGGCAAGCCGAACCCCAAGGACAAGACAGUUACAGGCUCCUCCUGUAUCACUCAGGAUCAGGUAUUGUGGCAGCCAACGUAUCUGUUGGGAAAGGCACCAGCAAAUUCAUCUUUUCUGAUCUGGCUCCGGGACACAAAUACCUGCUGGAAGUGGUGUCUGUGGCAGGGCCCUAUGCAGCCUCUGCGAGGAACAUCAGCGAUUGGACAAAGCCGAACCCGGUGAAGGAUGUGCAAUGCCUACCAAAGCCAAGGAGCCUUUACUUGAACUGGACCAGCUCUCCUGGAGAUGUGGAGGCUUAUGAGGUGGUGAUAGAGAGAUUCUCUGAUGGACCCCCCACCUCCAAGAUUGUCACGAGCAUCCCUAUGAGCGAGGUCAGUCUGGAGGGGCUGAGGCCAAACUCGUCGUACCGAAUCAUUGUGAGCGCAGUAGGCAUGAACACAAUGAGGAGCCAGGCUGUGACUCUGCUUUGCAACACAACAGUGGAGGCCUUGCCUCCCCCCCUGCGAGCAGACGUCUUCCAGGUGGAGGCCAGCUCCACGGUUAUCAUUUCAUCCGACCUGUUCAGCGAGGAGAAUGGUCAGAUUGAGUAUUACGGUGUCAUUGCUACCACUAAUGAUUCAUUGCUGAGGCCCACCCAGGAAAUCAUGUCCAGCACAUGGUAUGACCACUACUAUGGAACAGAGGACUCCUACCUGGCGGUGCUAAUCCCCAAUCCCUUCCAUUCGAGCCCCAGGAGCUCCCCCGAAACCUGGCGAGUGCCAGUGGGAACAGAGGAGUGUGGCCAUUCCAGGGCAAUGUGCAACGGGAAGCUGAAAGCCAACGAACAGUACAGGUUCAGCAUCGCUGCCUUCACCAAAUACGACCCCGUAGCCCCUGCAGUGACGUUCACCAUGUUCUCAG